UUCUGGCGCGGUGAUCUCAGUAGUUGCUGCCGCCGACGAGGAGUGAGUGGGGGGGGGAGAGAGAGCGUGUGUGAGAGAGAGGGGAAAAAAAGCGCGUAAGCGGCGGCCUUGGCAAAAGCCGUGGAUCUCGAGGCUCUGCCACGGAGCGGAGUUUCGUUCUCUCUCUCUCUCACGCCACACGCACACAAACCCGGCCAAGGUGGUUAGGCGUCCGGCAGCUGCCGACCCUGCGGCCGGCCCGCUUGUUGGCGAGGAGUGUCGCGUCAACUGUCGCUGCUGCGGUCCCGCCCCCUUUCUUGGUUGGGGCCCCGGGCCCCUCGCGGCCGCCACCUCUGCUGCCACUGCUGCUCGGGGAGGCGGGGCUGGGGCCGCUCUGGAUGGUGGUUAAAAUGAUCAUAGAAAACUUCGAGGCGCUGAAAUCCUGGCUCAGCAAAACCUUGGAGCCCAUAUGUGAUGCGGAUCCAUCAGCUCUUGCUAAGUAUGUUCUUGCUUUGGUAAAAAAAGAUAAAAGUGAGAAAGAACUUAAAGCACUAUGUGUGGAUCAACUGGAUGUAUUUCUUCAGAAGGAGACACAGAUAUUUGUAGAAAAGUUAUUUGAUGCCGUCAAUACCAAGAGCUAUCUACCUCCACCUGAGCAGCCGUCUUCAGGAAGCCUGAAAUCAGACUUCUUUCAGCAUCAAGAAAAAGAAGUAAAAAAAGAAGAGAUAAUUAAGGAAGAAGAACGAGAGAAAAAAUUCUCUAGAAGACUUAAUCAUAGUCCUCCUCAGUCAAGUUCACGAUACCGAGACACCAGAAGCAGGGAUGAAAGGAAGAAAGACGACCGUUCUCGCAAGAGAGAUUAUGACCGGAAUCCUCCACGAAGAGAAUCCUAUAGAGACCGCUACAAUAGAAGGAGGGGGAGGAGCCGAAGCUACAGCAGGAGCCGUAGUCGAAGCUGGAGUAAAGAAAGGUUGCGGGACAGAGAUAGAGAUAGGAGUAGGAGUCGCAGUAGAAGUAGAACAAGAAGCAGAGUUCUCAAAUAUUGUUUUAUAGAAAGAGAUCUGGGGAAGCCGAAGUAUGACUUGGACAGAACGGAGCCGUUAGAAAACAGUUACCCUCCGGUUUCUUCCGUAACAAACAUUUCAUCUGGUCCCUAUCCUGUCCCUACGCUAAGUAGCACUAUAACUGUCAUCGCUCCUGCUCACCAUGGAAAUAGUACUACUGAAAGCUGGUCAGAAUUUCAUGAAGAACAGUUGGACCACAAUUCCUAUGGAAGGCCCCCACUACCAAAGAAACGGUGCAGAGACUAUGACGAGAAAGGUUUUUGUAUGAGAGGAGAUAUGUGUCCCUUUGAUCAUGGAAGUGACCCUGUAGUUGUAGAAGAUGUGAACCUUCCAGGCAUACUGCCUUUUCCAGCACAACCUCCGGUUGUCGAAGGCCCUCCUCCUCCGGGACUUCCUCCUCCGCCACCUAUUCUUACUCCUCCUCCUGUAAAUCUUAGACCGCCUGUCCCACCACCAGGCCCUUUACCACCUAGUCUUCCACCUGUAACAGGACCACCACCUCCACUACCACCAUUGCAGCCCUCUGGCAUGGAUGCUCCCCCAAAUUCUGCUACCAGCUCUGUUCCUACAGUUGUAACCACGGGUAUUCAUCACCAACCGCCACCUGCUCCGCCCUCUCUCUUCACAGAAACAUACGACACAGAUGGCUACAAUCCUGAAGCCCCAAGUAUAACCAGCACUUCCAGACCCAUGUAUAGACACAGAGUCCAUGCCCAAAGACCAAAUUUGAUAGGACUGACCUCAGGUGAUAUGGACCUGCCACCAAGAGAAAAACCUCCCAAUAAAAGCAGUAUGAGGAUUGUAGUGGAUUCAGAGUCCCGGAAGAGAACUAUCGGCGCAGGCGAUGGACUUGCAGCAAAGAAGAAUUGGUUUGACAAACAAAAUUUUAAUAGAACAAAUAGUCCGGCUUUCCAGAAGAAGAUGCAAUUUGGGAAUGAAAACACAAAACUUGAACUGAGGAGAAUUCCUACAGAGCUUAAUAAUAUCAGCAAACUAAAUGAACACUUCAGCAAAUUUGGAAAUUUAGUGAAUUUGCAGGUUGCCUACCAGGGAGAUCCAGAAGGUGCCCUCAUCCAGUUUGCUACCCACGAGGAAGCUAAAAAAGCAAUAUCAAGUACAGAAGCCGUCUUAAAUAAUCGAUUUAUCAAAGUCUAUUGGCAUAGAGAAGGCAGUACUCCCCCAAUUACAACUUCAGUUCCGAAGGUAAUACAGCCUUUGGUCCAGCAACCCAUUUUACCAGUUGUGAAGCAGUCAGUCAAGGAACGAUUAGGUCCAGUGCCUGCCAGUAACAUUGAACCAAUUGAAGCACAGAGUGCCAGUGUGGAAACAGUUCAGAAUGUAACCAAACUGUCUGUAAAGGAUAGACUUGGGUUUGUGCCUAAACCACCUACUCCAACUACAGAAAAGGUAUUGUCAACUUCUACCGGCUUGACAAAAACAGUAUACAAUCCAGCUGCUUUGAAGGCAGCUCAGAAAAUUUUGCCUGUUGUUAAUACUGCCCUGUUAGAUUCCAGUGAAGCACAGAAGAAAAAACAGGAGGCAUUAAGACUUCAGCAAGAUGUGAGGAAGAAAAAACAAGAGAUCCUGGAAAAACAUAUUGAAACGCAAAAGAUGCUGAUUUCAAAACUGGAGAAAAAUAAAAAUAUGAAGUUAGAAGACAAAGCCGAAAUCAUGAAAACUCUGGAGGCAUUAACCAACAGUAUCACCAAGUUAAAGGAUGAAUUGAAAGGAGUUUCCUCAACAAGCACUCCGGUAAAAAGCAUGAAAACAAGGACACAGAUGCAGAAAGAACUAUUGGAUACAGAGUUGGACUUAUAUAAGAAGAUGCAAGCUGGAGAAGAAGUUACUGAAUUAAGGAGAAAAUAUACAGAACUGCAGCUUGAAGCCGCAAAGCGAGGCAUUCUUUCCUCUGGCCGUGGGAGAGGAAUGCACACACGAGGUCGAGGUGCAUCUCGUGGGAGAGGUAGGGGAGUUCGAGGCCGGGGUCGAGGAAGAAGUCUUUCUGUUCACGCCGUGGUGGAUCAUCGUCCUCGAGCCCUUGAAAUCUCAGCUUUUACGGAGAAUGACAGGGAAGAUCUCCUUCCUCAUUUUGCGCAAUAUGGUGAAAUUGAAGACUGCCAGAUAGAUGAUUCUUCUCUCCACGCAGUGAUUACUUUUAAAACAAGAGCUGAGGCAGAAGCAGCCGCUAUCCACGGAUCUCGAUUUAAGGGGCAAGACCUGAAGUUAGCAUGGAACAAGCCAGUAACAAAUAUGUCAACCGUGGAAACAGAAGAUACUGAGCCAGAUGAAGAAGAAUUUCAGGAAGAAUCCUUGGUAGAUGACUCAUUGCUUCAAGAUGAUGAUGAAGACGAUGAUGACAAUGAAUCUCGUUCGUGGAGAAGAUGAUUCGACUGAUCAGAGACAGCGCUAAAGAUUUAGUUACAUUGCAUUAACAUUUCCUAAAGAACUUUUGAAUAUUUGUACUACAAGACAAUUGGAUGGAAAGAGGUGGAUGAUUUCAGAUAAGAAACAAGCAGCUGAUUGAUCCUGUAUUUUGAGUGAUUGAUGUUCAGGUUGCAUUUACAUUUCGGUAAAUGAUUGCUACAGACAUCGUAUUAGGAACAUAUGCAAUGUUUUUAUUCUAUGGAAACAUUACAGAAUUCUUUGGAUUCUUUGUAAUUUAAAAAUAAUUGGUCACGCAUCAAAAUGACCAAGCGUUGUUAUAACAUAGAAUAUUCUUUGUUUGUUUGUUUUAUUCCAAGUAUGGAAUGAAAAUUUGCUUUUAAGAUCUUUGUGAAUGUUUUCGGAAAUUAUAGAUAACAGUACUAAACUGAAGUCUCUAAAGUUAUGUAUUCAUAAUAUUGCAUAGUAGUAUGCUUAGGCUUUACUAUGUACUAGCCUUUUGUUGGAUUUGUGACCGUAUUUUACGUAUGAGUUUUAACGAUACAGUGUAUGACUGCUUUGCAUAUAUCUCUUUAUCACCUUAAGAUGUUAAAAAAAUAAAGAAAUGGAAUGGUCUUGGAAAAGAAAAAAGAAAAAAAAAAGCAAUAAUAAUGAAAUUAUACCCAUGGCCCAUGAUAAUGGCAGGGAAAAAAUUAAAAAGAUUAAAAAAAAAAUUCCAAGAGACCAUUCCAAGUGGCAAACCCAACCCCCCAAUCGUCAAGAAAAGAGCUGAAUCACUGUCAUUUUUUCACUUCAUAAUGAAUAAAACAAUACAGAAAACAAGGCAUUGAAGCCAUAUCCUCAGUUUACAUAUAUAUAUUUAUAUAUAUAUUUAGUGCGCUAAAAUCUCUCAAAACACACUUUAAACUGCUAAACUGGCAAUCUAACGUCAGAUGGAGUUCAUGCAUUGAAGCAAAUCUUCCUUGUGCCCGGCGAAUCGAAGAGAAUGUUCUCCUGCGAAGAAGACUUGAACUUAAAGAUAUGUAAUAACAUGAGUUGCAAAACUGG